UUUGAACACAAAAGAAGAUAAUUGGAUGAAAGCUGAAACCCUGUAACCAUUGACUUCCAUGGUAGGAAAAUCAAAUACUAUGAAAAUUAAUGCUUUCAGUUGUCCUAAAAGUGUCUUUUUUUCAGGACAGAAGAAACAAACUCAAACAAGUAAAGGGACAGUAAAUGAGUACAUCAUUAUCAUUUUUGGGUGAACUGCCCCUUUAAGUCAACAGUUCCUCGCAGUACUACCAUUCACGUCAAAUAAUUCAGCACCAUGGACAGCACCUCGCAACGUCGUCCGUACCGCCCCGCCUCGCCGUGAUGACGUCAGCGCUGACGCGUUCACUCAGCGUCAAGUCUUCAGAGCUGAGCUCCAUCAGUGAAAGACAAAGACAGAGUUUAUUGAAGGACAGUGAGAAGAUGAGUGAUCCAGAACCCUGCAGAAUUAAACAGGAAGAGACUGAAGAACUAAUAGAUGUGAUGGUGAAGGAGGAAGAACUGAGUGAAGAUGAGGAGAAACAUCAUGUCAAGAGUGAAGAUGAAACUCAAAUGAAGAUCGAGCAUAGUUUAUCAACGGAAGGAACAGCCGUAAGAGAUUUCACCUGCACUCAGUGUGGAAGGACUCUAGCCUCCAUGUUCGAUCUCAGGCAUCACAUGAUGAUCCACACUGGAGAGAAACCGUACAAGUGUUCGCACUGCGACAAGAGCUUCAAUCGUUUAGGAACCCUAAAAACACACAUGCUGCUCCACACCGGAGAGAAAACACACACAUGUGAGCAAUGCGGCAAGUCAUUUUUGAGGGCUGGAGACCUGAAGAAACAUCUCCGAGUUCACACAGAGAGGAAGCCUUAUUCAUGCUCUGAGUGCGGAAGGAGGUUUUCGAUGCAGAGCAAUUUAACAGCGCACCAGAAGAUCCAUAGUGGCGUGAGAGAGUUUGUGUGCUGUGAGUGCGAGAAGACUUUUAUUACAGCGGUAGACUUGAGACGACACCAGAGGAGUCACACUGAGGAGAAACCGUACAAGUGUUUACACUGCGACAAAACGUUCAGAUAUUCGGGACAUCUGAAAGUCCACCUGAUUAUCCACACUGGAGAGAGGCCGUUCAUAUGCACUCAGUGUGGAAAUGGUUUCAAGCGAUCAACGCACCUUAAUCGACACAUGAAGAUUCACACUCCCUUUGUCUCACAUGAGGAUGAACACUGGAGAGAAGACACACAGAUGUUUUCAGGGAAGCCCAUGUCUAAUUUAGGGGAGCAUGUAGUUGUAGUUCGCACCCUGCGCCUGUCGGAGCUGAGCUCUGCCGCCAUCAUUAAAAGACAGAGACAGAGUUUAUUGAAGGACAGUGAGAAGAUGAGUGAUCCAGAACCCUGCAGAAUUAAACAGGAAGAGACUGAAGCACAGAUAGAUGUAAUAGUGAACGAGGAGAGUGAAGAACUGAGUGAAGAUGAGGACAAACAUCAUGUCAAAAGUGAAAGUGAAACUUACACAAAGAGAGAAAAAGGUUUUAACUGCACUCAGUGUGGAAAGUGUUUAACCAACAAACACACACUCAAGUUUCACAUGAUGAUCCACACUGGAGAGAAACCAUUCAAGUGUUCACACUGCGACAAGAGCUUCAUUUGUUCAGGAUAUCUGAAAACACACGAGAAGACCCACACUGGAGAGAGACCACACAAGUGUGAUCAAUGCGGCAAAACAUUUUCGAUUUCUUCAGAGCUGAGGAAACAUCUUAGAGUUCAUACAAACGAGAGGCCUUAUUCAUGCUCUGAGUGUGGGAAGAGUUUCGCACGACAGUCAAGCCUAAGACAACAUCGGAAGAUCCACACUGGUGUCAGAGAGUUUGUGUGCUUUGAGUGCGAGAUGACUUUUAUUACAGCUGGAAAUCUGAAACGACACCUGAGGACUCACACUAAAGAGAAACCUAACAAGUGUUCACACUGCGACAGGAGAUUCAGUCAGUUGCAAUCACUGAAAAUACAUGAGAGGAUUCACACUGGAGAGAAACCGUUCGUAUGUUUUGAGUGUGGGAAGGGUUUUUCACAUCAGUCUCAUUUUAAAGCGCAUCAGCAUAUCCACACCGGUGUGAGAGAGUUUGUGUGCGUUGAGUGUGGGAAGGGUUUUAUUACAGCCGCAGACUUAAAACAACACCAGUGGUUUCACACUGGAGAGAAACCUUACAAGUGUUCACACUGCGACAAGACGUUCAGUCUUUUACAAAUCCUGAAAACACAUGAGAGGAUUCACACUGGAGAGAAACCGUACGCAUGUACUCAGUGUGGGAAGAGUUUCAGACAAUCAUCACACCUUAAAAAGCACAUGAAGAUCCACACAAUGGAGAACACAAAUGUGAUCAGAGCGGUAAAACAUUUUUAAGGCCUUCAAAUUUGAAGAAACAUCUAAUGUUAGAGAAAGUUUAUAAUGGUGCAUUUGUUAGAAUUUAAUUGAUGAUUGCCACGCAUCUUUUAUAUAUACACUUCAUACUUCCGACAAUUAGAUUAUUUUCAAUGUAAAUAAAUUCUAUAUAUUUUUGUAA